ACUCGGAGUGGUAAUCUAUGCACAAGGAAUAUCGCCGUGCUCCUAGCGUAUAUAUACACCGCCGUGCUCCUCCUCCUCCUUCUUGAACUCUCUGGCGAAACAGAAAAAUUCCCCUAAUCAGAAUACCUUCAAAUCUCUCGUUCCAGGUUCGUCAAUGUUUUCUCCUACUUUCUGCCGUUUGAAAUCGAGCUUCUGAACGUGGAAUUGUUACAAAAUACAUGCAUACGAAUCUCUAUGUUGUCGUAGAUUUACUGGUUAUACGUGAUUACCAGAGCUUAUGGAUAACAACUAUGCUCAGCCACUCCCUCCUGGAGUUCAGUCCCUUCCAAAUCCUUUGCCAUUCUCUGCUUCUCCAAAUCAAUCAACCCAACCGCCUCCUCAUCCCUUUCAAAACUCUGCGGGAUUUCACCCCCAUGCUCACUUUGCUCCAAACCAUCUUUUUCCUGUUCCACCUUCCCAUUCAACCUAUUUUCAUCCCUCCCAAAGUUUCCAUCCACAAAUUGGGCCAUCCACACAUUUUGAACAUGCUCCUCAUUGGUCUUAUCCUGCCCCAACUAACUUUCAGCAUAGUGACUACUUUCAACCUGGCAUGCCCGCACCUCCUCCUUCCAGACAGGAUACUGAGGUUGCACACAGGUCGAUACAGCUUGAUAGGCAAUGUGAUGGCUCUCAGCUGCAUGCAGAAAGUCUUCAAUCUAAUAACAAUGGUUUGCCUCUGUUACCAGAGUUGAAUAGCUCUGUUGAAUGGGAAAAGGAACCAUUGGUUGCUCAUCAAGAUGGUCCUUAUGAAUCUGCCAGCAACUCUAGGCUGCAUUUGGAAAAUGUCAGGGACAUUGAAGCUUCUGCUCAGGAUGCUGUGUUGCGUGAACAAGAAGUUGCCACCCAGAAUAUUAUCCAAAGUCAAAGACACGCAAGAGGUGCAAGUGGAUCACCUGAAGAUGGUACGGACAUCUUCUCAGGACGUCAUGACCCAAAUGAGCUAAAGGAGCAUCUAUUGAAGAUGACCACAGAUCACCGUGCAGAAAUGGCCCUAAAACGCGGAAAAUCUACGGUCCCAGAGGAAGGCAAUAUGGAAAUUGGCAAUGGGUAUGGCGUACCAGGUGGAGGUGCUUAUUAUGAUGGUCCAAGGCCUUAUAUUGGUAAAUCUGGAGUUGGUGGGCAUGACACAGGCCUGGAAGUCCCCAAAGUUGGUGGAGAGUUGGGACAGAAGGCUGUGACCAAAGAGUUGCCUGAUUACCUAAAACAGAAGUUGAAAGCAAGGGGUAUUUUAAAAGAUGAGGCAGCCGAGGGUUCUGCUGUCACGGAUAAUAAGUCAGAAACUCCAUCAACUCAGACUGUAUCACUUGGGAAGUUGCCCCUUGGAUGGGUUGAGGCCAAGGACCCAACAAGUGGUGCUGCGUACUAUUAUAAUGAAAACUCUGGGAAAAGUCAGUGGGAAAGACCUGUUGAGAUAGAAAGUAGUUCAAAACCUCGUUCAACUUUGCUACUUCCGGAAGAUUGGCAAGAGGUAUUGGAUGAAACAUCAGGUCAGAAGUAUUACCAUAAUACAAAGACUCUUGUAUCACAAUGGGAGUGCCCUAAUUCAUUAGAGCAGGUUGGCUCUGAGCAGUCUGACGACGCCAUUUCAACAAAUGAAGCUAAUGGGAUUUGGAGUGAUCAGGCAUCCAUGUUAGGCAAAUGCAUGGAGUGCGGUGGUUGGGGAGUAGCGCUGGUGCAAUCAUGGGGUUAUUGCAAUCAUUGUACACGAGUUCUCAAUCUCCCUCAGAGCAAAUUGUUGCCAACUAGCCUGGGUUACCAACAGCGUACCACUGGUUCUGCAUAUUCUAAUGAAGGUUCAGAAAAAAGGUUUCCCAAGCAGAGGUCUAAUAUGAAACCCCCAUUUGGAAAAGGAAAUAAAAGAGACAACAGGAAACGCGGCUAUGAUGAGGAUGACGAGUUGGAUCCCAUGGAUCCUAGCUCUUAUUCAGAUGCCCCUCGCGGUGGCUGGGUUGUAGGCCUGAAAGGAGUUCAGCCACGAGCAGCGGAUACCACUGCCACGGGCCCUCUCUUUCAGCAGCGCCCCUACCCUUCCCCUGGAGCUGUGUUGCGGAAAAAUGCUGAAAUUGCUUCGCAGAAGAAGAAGCCUAAGUCUCACUUUGCUCCAAUAUCCAAGAGAGGGGAUGGAAGUGAUGGACUUGGUGAUGCUGACUGAACAAGGUAAACCAUAUGAAAUCCAUAGCGUAAAUUUUGACUUUAGUUCAGCUGCUGAGUUAAAGAUGGUAAAUCAGCGCUCCCCGCACCCCGCACCCCCACCCCCACCACCACCACCACCAACAAAGGGAAAAAAAAAUCUGUGACAUUGUGUGCGUAUUGUUUUUUCUUUUCUUUUUCUUAUUAUACGUUUCGUCCGCUUAGGAAUUGCUCAGUUAAAGAGAAAUUUGUGUGCUGGAAUUAAAUGACUUGACAGUAUUUAUGUUGGUAAACAUGAUGCCUUGUGAGGGGAAGCUUUUUGUAAUCAUGCAGCAGGAAUCAUUUUCAGUAAUGCAUUUAAAGGUGUGCAAUAGAGAGGUUGAAUUAGCCUACUUUUUUUGCGAAGGGGAUGAUAAAGUCCUAGACAAUUUGCCUGAAGAAUGCUAGAUUUGCUUACUCAUCUUGACUAGGAUAUUACUGCAGCUGGGGUUGGAAUUAUGGUACUCAUUUUCUGUUUCACAUUUAAUCGGCAUGUAUUUUAGAAAACUAGCAAUAGCUAAAGGAGUCAUGGUAAAUUUUUUUGUAUCCUUUUUCCCAUUUUUGUGAAUCUGCGUAAAAUUAUAUUCUUGAUUCUAUCAAACUUUGCCUUAGGUUUCUUUGUAGUUUAACAGGGUAUUUGGAUUUAUCAUCGAAGUAAAGUCAGUCUCUUGUGUUUCGACUUUCUAA